AUGAAUAGUUAUGUGAAUUUUACUGAAACAAUGACAACAAUAUUAAGAAAUGAAUCAACAUCAACAUCAAUCAAUGAAUCAUCAUUAGAUGAUCUUUGUAAAAAUUUUCAUCUUAUCGUUUUUCUUUGUAUUAUAUUUGUAUUAAUUGUAUCGGCAAAUAUUUCUGUUAUUCUACAAUUAAGUUGUUCAAAAAAACGUCGCAGUCGAAUGAGUUUUUUUCUAUUAAAUCUUGCUUAUGCUGAUCUACUUGUUGGCAUUAUUAUUGUUACUCGUGAUAUUAUUGAAAAAAGUUGUAUACCAUUUGUACUCGGAACUAUUGGAUGUCGAUUGAUUAGUUUUAUACAAGGUACGAUCGCAUAUAAUUCAAGUUAUGUACUUGUUUGUGUAUCAAUUGAUCGUCUCUAUGCAAUUAUUCGACCAAUGGAUGUACGAACAGCAUCUUCAGCAUUUCGAUAUUCAUUGAUAAUCGCAUCAUGGAUUAUUUCAAUGACAUUUGCUUCUGCUCAGUUAUAUUUACGAGAUAUCGAAACAAUACGAGGAAUGCCUAUAUGUGGUAAUCGAUCAGAUGUUGAAAAUUGGAAUGCAUAUGUGUAUUUUCUUUUUAUUUCACUUUAUCUUGUUCCAUUAAUUGUUAUGACUGUAUCAUACGUUAUUAUUAUUGUAAUAAUAUGGAAAAAAGGUUCAGUUAGAAUUAAAGAUGACAUACCACAUGGACGAAAUGAAAAAUCUAAACUUCGUCGACUUCUUACAUUGAAAGGAUCAAAUCAAAAUGCCAACACAGAUGAUCAUCAAAUUGAAUCAAGUAUUCGUAAUAUACGAUCACUUGGUGUUAUACCAAGAGCAAAAAUAAAAACUGUUAAAAUGACAUUAGUUAUUGUUAUUGCUUUUACUGCAUGUUGGUCACCAUAUUUUCUUCUUACAGUAAUGAAUUCGUUUAAUUUAAUUGAAAAUUAUCUUAUUCGAGUUACAUCAUCAUUAUGCUAUAUGAAUUCAUUAGCUAAUCCACUUAUUUAUUGGCUUUUUGUAACUAAUUUUUGUCUUCGAUGCAGUACCAAACAAUCAUCAACUAUUUCUCUAUCCUAUUAUGAACAUCCAGCAAAUAAAACAAACUAUACAAAAAAAAUAAAUCGAAUGACUAAAUUAUAUUUGCAUGAUGAAUAA